ACCCAACAGCUGGUACCAACCUUUUCGUAUGUCUGACGAGCCGACUUAACCGUAAACGUCAAAUAUUUCUCUUUUUUACACAUUUUUGAUUCUACUAUUCAAACCCAAGACCCAUAUUUCCAUUUUUCAAUAGUCAAAAUUCUACAAUUAUCUUUUCAUUUCUCUAUAUAAACCCUCCUUUAAAAUUGCAUUCCCCAAACCAUUCUCUAAAACCCACCCUAGAAAAAAAAUAACCAUCUUAGAAUUCAAGAAAAUUCUAAGAACCCAUAAAAAUCUAACCUUUAUUUGGAAAUUUUUGAGCCUAAAAAGCUUCAUUCUUUGAUUCAAAGUUCACUUUUUUGUUUAAAGAUUCAAUCUUUUUGCUUUAAAUUAAGAUUUUACACAAAAUGUUUACUACAUUACAUCAACCAAUACAAACCCAAUCAAUAAUCAAACUUUCUAUUCAAAAAUCUGCAUUUCCUAAAGCAGAACAAUGCCCUGUUCCUUCAUUUCCUUCUAAAAAGCCUGAAAUUUCCACCAUUUCUAUCACAAAACCUCUGCAUGUUUCAGCCAAUUCAAUUUCUUUGGUUAGACAAAGGAAAUCUUUGGUUGAAUGUAAUGCAUAUGAAGCUAAUCGUUCCCAACCUAUUGAUAUUAAUAUUGAGUUACCAAGUGAGGCAGCUCAAAAGGUUAAAAUUGGUAUAUAUUUUGCUACAUGGUGGGCUUUGAAUGUGGUUUUUAAUAUCUAUAAUAAGAAGGUUUUAAAUGCUUUUCCUUACCCUUGGUUAACUUCUACACUUUCUCUUGCUGCUGGGUCUCUUAUGAUGUUGAUUUCUUGGGCUACUCGGGUUGCUGACCCACCCAAGACUGAUUUGGAGUUUUGGAAGACAUUGCUUCCUGUAGCAGUGGCUCAUACAAUUGGGCAUGUAGCAGCAACUGUUAGUAUGUCUAAAGUUGCAGUUUCUUUCACUCAUAUCAUCAAAAGUGGUGAACCAGCAUUCAGUGUGUUGGUUUCAAGGUUCUUGUUGGGUGAAACUUUCCCUAUGCCAGUUUACUUGUCACUUAUUCCAAUCAUUGGUGGUUGUGCACUUUCUGCUCUCACUGAGCUCAAUUUUAACAUGACUGGGUUUAUGGGAGCUAUGAUCUCCAAUUUGGCUUUUGUAUUCCGGAACAUAUUCUCAAAGAAAGGGAUGAAUGGGAAAUCAGUUAGUGGGAUGAACUACUAUGCUUGCCUCUCAAUGUUGUCUCUUCUGAUCCUUACACCCUUUGCAAUUGCUGUGGAGGGACCUCAAGUAUGGGCUGCUGGAUGGCAGACUGCAAUCUCUCAAAUUGGACCAAACUUCGUAUGGUGGGUAGCAGCUCAAAGCAUAUUCUACCAUUUAUACAAUCAAGUGUCAUACAUGUCUUUGGAUCAAAUUUCUCCCCUGACUUUUAGUGUCGGAAACACGAUGAAGCGAAUCUCGGUUAUAGUCUCAUCCAUAAUCAUUUUCCACACUCCUAUUCAGCCCAUCAAUGCUUUAGGAGCUGCCAUUGCGAUCCUUGGAACUUUCCUCUAUUCACAGGUAAAACAAGUUAAAUAUUCAAGCUUGAAUGUUGUAUUUUACAAUGAAGUAUAAAUAUACAUAUAUUGAUCGAUCAAAAGCUUUUCGAAAAAAUGAUGAUCGAAUGGACAUGCUUACGAGAAAGCUAAACUGGUUUCUGAACUUUGUUUUGCAGGCAAAACUUUAAGGCAAUAGAAGCUUAUAAGGGACUAGUAAGGAAUGUGAAUUAGUGAAAGCGAAGGAAUCAAAAUCUUGAUGAUCGCUUCCUUAAGAUAUAAAUCAACAUCGAAUAUGAAUAUAUUGAAACCAGAUUAGCGAAAGGUCGUGUUUACACCCGAAGUUUAAUCUUUUUGGGUAGAUUAUCGUAUGUAUGUUAAAUCGUUCAUGUUUUGGCUCCGCAAGUUUCUUGAAAUGCUGUGUAUAUUUAGUCCUUGAAACCGAGAUCUUUGUAUAAAAUCUUGUGGAAAUGGAAAUGACAAAUUUUGAGCUCUAA